UGUUUGAUGUCUUUUUGGAAGUUGGAACUUAUUAAUACGGUUCAUGUUUCAUGAUAAAAAAGUGGAGUGGAAGGUCAAAUGGGAACUUAACAGUACUGUUCAUAUUCUUGUAUCGCGUGAGAAAAAGUUCCGAUCUAAAGGUCGGAACUUCAAUUUGGAACUUCGUUUUAGAACUUCACUCCCGAACCCUAGUUGUUCUUUUUCUCUUCUCUUCGUUCCCAUCUUCCUACUUCAGCCGGUGAGCGCCCCUCUCUUCGCAGCAAGACCCCUCUGUUCAGUUCUUCGCGUUGAGGCGCUGAGUCACCCCUCUCCGCAGCACGCCAUUAUCUCAGGCUGACUCCUCUCUUCACACGCAACCGUCGUUAGGGUUUACUCAGCUGUUCUGUAGCUCUGAUCCUUGUUAUUGAUCUUAAGAUUGAUAAACAGCACCUCUUGAUCUAUGAAGACCUCAUUUUUAAGGCUCAAGGGUUCCCAACAAUUCAGGCUUCGCCUUCUUUUAUCCACGGUCUCUGUGACUCCAAUUGUAAUCGAAGAGAUUCGAGUUGAUGAUUCAUCGCCAGGACUCAAGCCACAUGAGGUUUCCUUCCUCCGAUUGAUCGAAGAGAUCUCUGAUGACUGCUCCGUUGAAAUCAAUGAAACUGGGACAAAACUGAGAUAUAAGCCAGGGAUUUUGGUUGGCGGGAGGAACUUGGUGCAUGAAUGUGGGCUCAGCCGUUCAAUUGGGUACUUCUUGGAGCCACUGAUUGUCUUGGGGCUGUUUGGAAAAAAGGCUCUUUCAAUUACUCUUAAAGGAAUUACCAAUGGUCACAAAGAUCCUUGUAUUGAUACUUUCCAAACUACUACGUUUCAUAUUCUGAAGCAUUUUGGAGUUCCUGCAGGACUGGAACUUAAAAUCAUAAGCCGUGGAUCUCCUCCUGAGGGUGGUGGUGAAGUGUGCUUAAAGGUUCCAAUAAUCCAAAACAGUUUAUCUGCAGUUAACUUGGUUGAUGAAGGAAUGGUCAAACGCAUUAGAGGAAUAGCCUACACAACAAGGGUAUCUCCUGAGAUGGUGCACCGCAUGCGAUAUGCAGCUCGUGGAAUUUUAAAUCGGCUAUUGCCUGAUGUCAAUAUUCGUGAUGGUCAUCUUUCAGCUCCACUUUCAGGAAGAUCCCCUGGUUAUGGUAUCUCAUUAGUUGCAGAGACCACAUCUGGUUGUUUUAUUUUUGCAGAAGCCUCAGCAUGUUUCUCUAGAGAUGGAGAUGCUGAGGACAUGGAAACAUCUGAUGAGAAACUUGCUCCAAUGCUUCCUGAGGAUAUUGGCAUCCAAGCCGCUUCUUUGCUUCUUGAAGAAAUAAAGCAGGGUGGGGUUGUGGACUCCACACACCAGGUAAAAUGGGUUAUGACACACGGACUUCUGAAUGGUCACAUUCUAUUAGGGCACUGAUAAUUUUCGGGCCCUAAUGAGAUCUAAUGCACCAGCACAUCUGGGAUGUGUUUAUGAGCAUAGAAAUUUUUAUGUGUAUACGUAGCUGAUGCUGCUUAUGGUUCUCUUUUUAAGUUUAAUGGUUAUACCAAAAUCAAUGGUUAAUAGAAGUCCAUAUGUCCUAUGUGCUACCUAUUAUAUAUUCAUGGGAGCACACAUGUAUGAUUCAUGUUGUGAAGAGCACUUAUCUUGGAUCUUAUCCGAAGUUACAUGUUAAGUUUGUAGGCUUCUGCAAAGUUCUGCAUAACCUUUUGUUGACCAACUUGAGGGGAUGCAAAAGUGCAGUUGCAACCAGUUACCAGUAUGCAAUUUUACUCACACUUUCCUUUUUGGUUCCUAAAUUUUUAGAAUAUAUCCUUUAUAGUGAUAGUUUUUCUUAUAUGACAUUUGAACAUAUUUGUUACUCUUAUUUUGAGUUUUCCCCUAUUGGUGAUUCAUUUUGCUUGGAUUUAGUGUAUGUGGCAAUAAAUCUCUGUAUGGGAUGCAGACAUUGUUGCAAAUCUUUAGAUUUUGUAUUCCUGUACAAAUGGCAUCUAUAUUUUGUAGCAGUCCUCAUGGGCACAUAGGCAUGAUGAAAAAUCUCUGAAAGUGGACAAUUUCCCCAAAAUGACGCUUUCUCAAAGCUUGCAAACUCUAUAUUUUAACCCCCUGCUUUUCAAAUGCCAGCAGCCUACCGGUUCGGAAUUAGAUGUUCCAUUAGAAUUAUCCCAAUGGCCCAAAUGUCUGAUUUUUGUGUCGGCCUAAGGGUUGUGAUCCUAGUCUCGGGCCAAGUAAUAAAAGCUCAAAGGUGGUGGAUUUGGAUGUGUAGAUUGUGAAGAUCGAUGAGGUGGCAGAGGCCAAAAUCGGAUAUUCGAGAUAGGAAGUGUUCAUCGGGGAGAUUUUUCGGAGUCUUUAUAUGGUACGGAUGACUUUGCGCAUGUGGAGGUAGGCCAGACCUGUUGCUGUUCCUUUGGCUAUGUGUGGCCUUGUCUGCAUGGAAGAGGUGUCAGGAAAAGUGUGAUUCUGGUGGCACCGGUGGUGCAAACAUUUCCCAGAAAAGUGAAAUUUGUGCAAAUUCUACCAUGGUGGUGCAAGAAGUGGCUGGAAAAGUGAAUUUCAAGCUUUUUUUGGGGGAAAAAUGAGUUCCAAUGAAUUUUUGCUGAAUUGUAGUGGAAUAGGGUUGGCUUAUGAGAGGCGAAAUUCAACAAUAGUUGGUUUGUCAUCGGUUCUUGCUAUUAAAUCUGUUUUGUGUGGUCAAAAGUAGCUGGAAAUUUGAGUUUUCUGGUGGAUUUUCAGGCUCGUGGUGGAAAUAGUGGCUAGAGUUGCAGA